GCUCCGACUGUUGACGGCAAAAUAUAGAAUGUAGCACUAAUCAUGCUAAUGGAAAGGUGAUUCAUUGAAUGUAUAAAACAACAGGGAAGUUUUAUCUAAUGUUAUUCCAGAAAAAUACGCGUUUAUUGUUUUUAUUCAACAUCUUGCCCAGACUUCAUCCAACUGCUCAAUUUUUUUCCAUGGGUGGAGAGAUGUCAAAGACAACGAUGCCCACGCCAGAGGAUUCUCUGAAAGGGAGGGAAGAAAAAAUGAUAGUUUCCAACAAGCAUGCUGUAAAUGGAAACCCCACUGUUCCACCAUUCCCAGAGAACACAAAGAUGGCAAUGUUUGGAAUGGGUUGUUUCUGGGGUGCUGAAAGAAAGUUCUGGAAAACAGAUGGAGUAUUUUCAACCCAGGUGGGAUAUGCUGCUGGGUAUACCCCUAAUCCUACCUAUAAAGAAGUAUGCACUGGAUUCACAGGCCAUAAUGAAGUGGUUAGAGUAGUAUAUGAGACCAAUAAAACUUCUUAUGGAGAAAUGCUCAAGGUCUUCUGGGAAAAUCACAAUCCAACACAAGGAAUGCGACAAGGAAAUGACGUAGGGACUCAGUACAGAUCUGGCAUUUACUAUUACGAUGAGGAACAAAAAAAGCUGGCUGAAGCCUCUAGAGAUGUGUACCAGCAAAAACUGAAUGAGAAAGGAUUGGGCAAAAUUACCACAGAAAUCCUCCCGGUACCAGACUUUUAUUAUGCAGAGGAUUAUCAUCAGCAAUAUUUGCACAAAAAUCCUAAUGGUUAUUGUGGACUUGGGGGUACAGGGGUUUCUUGCCCAGUGGGGUUAUUUGCCAAGGGAAAAAGUGAAUUAUGAGUGCAGAGGGAUUUUUUUUAAUGAUAUUCAUGUGAUAUUAUGAUUUUUUUAAACUUAAAUGUUUUUGUUCAAAUUUAUGUUGAAUAUUGAUUUGAAUGUUCACAUGUUAUAAACUGACUACAAAAUGAAUAUACAGUUCUACACACA